AUGUCUCUGUUUGGCUCCUCGCCGCCGGCCGAGUCGCCGUCCAUGGACUCGUCCUUUGCCCGAUCGCGCCAUUCCCUCUUCGAUGACGAUGGUCCGACAACCCAGUCCACAUCUAAUUCUCUCUUCAACGAGGACGACGUAGGGGGCAGUGGUGCUGGCUCUCCGUGGGAUAUGCCGACUCCUCGUAAGCAGAAGAGUCGGGCAGACCUCAUGCGAAACCUUCUCCCAGCCUCUGAUGUCCCGGACAACUAUAUUGAGACGUUUGAUACUGUUGUGCAGAGCGAUGGCAGCGGAGGCCGAGUCAGCUCUGGCGGCGUCGCUCGUACAUUGGCUGCGGCCAAGCUCAGCGCCGAUGAUCAGGCACGGAUCAUGGGCUUUGUUGCGCCGGGAAACGGGGAGGUUGCACUGGGUAGAAACGAAUUCAAUGUCCUCCUAGCCCUCAUCGGCCUUGCGCAGGAGGGCGAGGUGGUGAGCUUAGACGGGGUUGACGAGAGACGAAAGAACCUCCCACAUCCAAAGCUCCCUGGCCUCGUAGACUCCAGUGCCGCACAGAUAUUCGGUCGCGCGAACGAACUCGCUGCAAAGCCUCCUCAGCGACCCGUCACUCCGACAAAAGUACCGGAGUCGCCGAAGCAGGUGCGGAGCACUCUCAAGUCAUCCUCGAUGGACUAUCCCGAUGACCCAUGGAAUACGCCGGACGUGCACAAGAACCACAGCCAUCCCGAACCAUCAAGGACAAAUGGGGUCCCUGUUGAUGUCCCUAGCUCUCCCGUGAACACAAAUGGCAAUGGUGCAUAUGGACCUGUACCUACCGGCGGUGCCGGGCGGACGACCUCGACCUUCACCACAACAACAACGGGCUCCGGCGCCGGUGCCGGGGGAGAUCAACAGCCCUCUUUCACGGUUGGCUCGGCCGGUGCUGGUGGCUGGGGCGCCGGAUUUUUCGAUAGCAAUCCACCAUCCGGCGGCAAUGACAACAUCACAAGCCCCUUCGGUGGUCCUGGCGGCAACGGCGGUCGAGAACCUGGCGACCAGCCGCCGAUAGGAACACCUAGUAGGACUAUUGGCAGCAGAACCACGGGAGGCUUGGUCGAGGAGAACAUCGUAGUCGGUCUGAUGCCGGAAAAGGAGGGCAUGUUCAUGUUUCAACAUCACAAUUACGAAGUGUCGAGCAUUCGCCGUGGAAGCAAGGUGAUAAGGAGGUACAGCGACUUUGUCUGGCUCCUGGACUGCCUACACAAGCGAUACCCUUUCAGGGUGCUACCUCUACUUCCGCCAAAACGCGUUGCUGUCAAUGGCAACCAUCUCUCAAAUGACGGCGCCUUCAUCGAGAAGCGGCGACGCGGACUAGCUAGAUUCCUGAAUGCGCUUGUCCGUCAUCCCAUCCUCGGUCAGGAGCAGCUGGUCAUUAUGUUCCUGACCGUGCCUACGGAGCUCUCUGUCUGGCGUAAACAAGCUACCAUCUCUGUCCAAGACGAAUUCACGGGGCGUGCUCUGCCCUCUGGACUGGAGGAGUCGCUGUCUCCUCAGCUGAAUGAGCUCUUCGACCGGACGCGUACAGGUGUAAGACGCAGUGCCGAGCUGUACAUCAACGUAUGCAGUGUUAUGGACAGGCUCGUGAAGCGCAGCGAAGGCGUUGCCGCCGACCAUGCUCGCAUUGCCCUCACUCUUACUUCGCUUACUGAGGUGUCCUCUGAUACCUACGCGACUGACACAAACCUCGUCCCACUUCUCAACGAUGGCCUGCAGUCUAUGAGCAAGCACCUGCGAACAAGCCAGACUCUUAUGGAGGACGAGUCCAAGGCAUGGGACGCGGGCGUUCUGGAGGAUUUGAAGCGUCAGCGGGACGCACUAGUCAGCGUGCGAGAUCUCUUCGACCGCAAGGAACGUCUCGACAAGGACAACAUCCCGUAUCUGGAACGGCGGAUCCAGACCAACGAGACCAAGCUGGCGAACCUGCGGGCGAAACCAGAAGGCAUGGUCAAGCCAGGGGAGAUCGAGAGGGUUGUCGAGGCCAUCAUCAAGGACAAGGAGUCCAUUGUCAACCAGCACAACCGCUCUGUGUUUGUCAAGGAGUGCAUUCGCGACGAGCUCAUCUACUUCCAGCAGACACAGUUCCAUGUCUCGCGCUGGAACCAGGACUGGGCACAGGAGCGAGUCAAGUAUGCCGAGAUGCUUGCAGACAACUGGCGGCGACUGCUUGACGAGCUCGAGGGCAUGCCACUGGGCGAGUAG